AUGGGCUCCAUCGGAUCAGUCCUGCCUAUCCACGCUUCCAAUGACUCCUCUUCGGGGGCGACCCCUACACGGCUACUCAUCUUGAGUGUGCCCCGCACUGCGUCGAACUUGUUCGCAAAGGUUCUGAAUGUGGCCAAUCAGCCCUAUCUGAAGACGAAUCCAUUCACUGGAUAUUUUUUCUACCCUGCCUUCACCUCCGUGGCGAUGGAGAACCUAGCGGCCAAAGAUCCAAAGGACUGGCCCUCUGAGCAGCGACAAAAAUACAUCGACCUCUGUCAGCAAUGCUUGGAUAAUUUGGAAGAUAUGUCUCAGCAGGCCCAGGCCGAAAACAAAGUUGCUUGUGCCAAGGAGCAUGUGGCGUGGCUGAUCGAUCCAGAGCUCUUCUUUUUAUCGAAAUGUGACCGCACGAAUAUGGAGAGUCUACUACGCGUCCAGGUUCCAAAAGAGUACGGCCAAUCACAAACCUAUACCCAGCCCACCUUUUUGCCCGACGAAUACCUACGGACGUGGCAGAUGGCGUUCACCAUUCGCCACCCAGCUUUGGCAUAUCCUUCCCUGUAUCGCGCCCUCAAGAAAGCGGGAGAAGGGGGCUUCGUUGACGAGGAUGGCAUCAGAGGCGCCUCCUUGAGCAACAUGACCCUGCGCUGGACUCGUGCAAUGUACGAUUGGUGUAUGCACCAACCCGGCAUGUCCGCUCCUCUUAUCAUCGAUGCACAUGAUUUGAUCCACACGCCUGAGGUCAUGCUGAAGUUCUGUGACCAGACGGGGCUUGACAAGGCGAGCUUGCAAUUCGAGUGGAGCAAGGACGGGAAGAAAAAGUCCGACCACUGGGCUGAGAUUGACAAAAACAACCCAGAACUCGUCGAGAAUCACAGAAGGGCUGCUAGUAUCAUGCUCUCGACACUGGAAGCCUCCACUGGCCUGAUGAAGGACAAGACACCAGCCCAGGUUGACAUUGCGGCUGAGUCGGCCAAGUGGGAAGACGAGUUUGGUAAAGAGUUUGCCGAGCUCAUUGAAACGGCCGUUCAGAAUUCCAUGGAAGAUUAUGAAUAUCUGAAGGCUCGGCGUUUGACUGUCUGA